UGUUAAUUAUAACAGAGUAAUUGAAUUUUCUUGAGUUCAUUUAAAACUACUAAAGUAAAAGGAUUUUUCUUGUUGUUGCAGUUACUGUACGAGAACGAUACUUUGAGAAAUUAAGGUAUAUAUCGAAGAAGAUUUUUGUCAUUGAUGGAGUGGAAAGAUUUUACAGAAGUAGCCGAAAAGGUAAAGAAGUUAACAGAGAAGUUAGAGGGAGAAACUGACAAGACUGAACAUAUUUGCGAGUCAUACAGCGAGCUACUACGUGAAGAGCUAGCAACGCCCGAGGAGUGUAAAGAUUUAGAUGAGUUAACCAAAUGCCUUAAGGAAAUACAGCUUGAAUUAAAGAAAGUACAGGAAAAAGUGGCGUCCGAGGAAAUACUUAUUAAAUUCGUAGGGGCUACCAGCAGCGGCAAAUCUUCCCUUAUAAACGCCUUACUCCGAUCACGUCGCCUGCCGGUUGGAUUCAUGCAGACAACGAUGUGCUCAAUUAAAGUUUGCAUUACAAGAGAGGAAAAAUGGAGUGUUACUGUAACAGGAGAAAAAGGCGAAACAAGGUGUCUAUCAGAAACAAAAGACGAAAAGGCUAUAAUGGAUCUCCUCAGCCAAAUGAGUGGCCAGAAACAUAGCAAAGAUCGGAAGGACUUGGGAAUUGGCCCUCGUAGCGUUGUCCAAGUGAAUUGGCCUGAGCAUCUAUGUAAAGAUCUGCCGCCUAAUGUUGUCCUGUUUGAUACACCUGGUCUUGGAGAGGAUGCUAAAAGCGACGAAGUUGUCACCGAGUCGUGCAGAGAAGCAGAUAUAAUUGUAGCCGUCAUGGAUGCUAUGUCCCCAUCAAAAGCUACAGUCACAAGGCUAGUGAAAGAAGUAAAUUGCCAGUAUACCUUCGGCGUCUUUACGAAAUGGGACGAAUGUACAAGAAAAGCACAAGAAAGCGAAGAUACGGUUGAUUUGGAACAAGCACGCAAAGAUUGCAAACAGAAUUUCGAGGAUGCUUUGGAGAAGCAAUGCGAAGUGUUCUUUGUUGAUGUGAGAUGUGAAAACAACAAUUACGAGGGGUUUAAAAAGUUUGAGAGUGAACUAGCAGCUAGUGCAACUAAAUUAAAAGGUGAAUCUCUAAUAAAGCAAGCAAAGUCUGUAAAUAACAAAUCAAUCGAGAUCGCUGGAAAGUUAAAAGGCAUCGUUGACGCCAGAAAAGAACAAACGGCAGCUAGUAUAAAGAAGAAAGCAGAUUCCGUGCAAGAAUGCAAGAAUUCUUUGGAAGAGAUGAAUCGUAGUUUCAAAAGCGCAGACGAAUUGAACGAGGGUGCUUUUAAAGAAGACACACAAAACGAGCUUUUGAAAGAUUUUGGAGACGGAGUUAGAGAAGGUAAACCAGAAGAUGAGGUUCACGCGGAAUUUAUUGCCAAGGUAGACGAAUACACCCGAGACACUAUGGUCAACCAAAGACAUAAAAUAAGAAGUGCUUUCACAAAAUGGGCAGAAGAUCAUAAAUGGGACUUAAACAUGAAUGAGUUUGUGUCGGAUAAGAUUCCGCCGUGGGAAAAACAGGGAUUAUCACAAAAGGAGUACGAUUGGAAACGGGAUCCAAAUGCGUAUCUCACAAACAACUACCUUAGUGCAGCCGCAUUGGCUGGAGCAGUUUUUGGUGGAGUAUUCGUUGCAGGUGCAGGUGUUGCAGGUGUGGUAGGGGCGAUUGCAGCAGAUUCUAUACCAUUUGUGGCAGGCGGAACAGCUGGGGUUUCGGCUCUCGGCGGUACUGGAGGAUUAGGCGGAACGCUUUUAGGCUUCUUUCGUCUGGGAGACCGAAUUAAACAGUCUUUUCCAAUCAGUGAUUACAAGGUAGACUGCUGGAGGAAAAAAUUGCGAGGCAAUGUGCUAAAACUUCACACAGAUUGCAGAGGUCUAAUCAACAAGGAAAUCAAACGGUUUGAAAAGGAAGCCUCCAAGAAGCUGAAAGAUGCCGAGGCCAAGAAGAUAGAAAAAAUCAAUAAACUUCGCGAGAAGAAGCACAACUUAACCACUCGGGCUUUAGAAAUGCAGGAGAGUCACACGCACCUCAUGGAAACAAACACAGAAUUUGAUGAGCUGCUGGCUGAAUUGCUGAAAGCUGACGAGGAAUCACGCGCCGGGAAAGCAGCUACAUGCGAAGCGAUUUUGUGUGGUUAACUGCUUCGCUGCUGGAUGAACCCACAGUCUGUUGAAGUUAAGUUACACUUACUCAGUACAUGUACAUAAAGGGGCACCCAGCGAAUAUGUUCCUUUAAACAUCUGUUUCCCUGAUAUACUUUUGUUGGCUGUUUAACCUUUUGUAAGUAGGCUUUUUUUUCCUGGGAAAUCAUCGCUGAGAAAACUUUCUUUUCUUGAAAUUUGACACAUGGAAAUUCGGUGCUUGCUGGGGCAAGAUCCAAAGAGUAUCUGCCACGGACGUUUAGAGUGUCAGUUUAAACGCAUAGGACGGAUGGUUUGGUGCAAUAUCUGCAACAAAAAACUCAUGUCUGUAGACGGUUAUGCUUCUCUGGCUGGGAAAAGUUAAAUGUUUUUUUUAACAGUCGUAACCAUGACGCUGAGAAAAACGAACAAAAAUACCUUAAAUGCGUCAUAUUUGUCUGUAAUGAAGAGGAUAAUGAUUUUUAGCAAAUGUUUUCGUUGGGUGCUCCUGUAUAUAAAAAACACUUCACUGUUACUAUGAUUAGUUGGUCAAUAAUUCAAGUCAGGUGCAUAUUCAGAACAGAAUUGAUUUCGUUAGCAGGAAGGAAUUUUUUUCCUUUAGUGUUAAUGCUCGCGUAUGUAAUCAGUAACACUUGCAGUGUUAAGGAAGAGGUCACCGUAGAAUUCGUCUCCAGUUGUACUAUGGGAACGUGGGAACAUUUAGAUCAGGAUGCGCAGACUAGAGUGAUCACACGUCUUGAUUAUUUUAGUGUUAGCAGGGGGAAUGACAACUCUUCAAAGUUAGAAAGUUCCUCGAUUUAAAGACUCCUUGGCCACUGCGUUUAUGGCAUGUAUUAAUUAUUAAGGAAUAUUUAGGGUUAACGUGCUAGCUAGACAUGUUCUGGUAGUUUCAACCCUAGCAAACUACUAGUUAAUUGCUAGAGAGCUAGCAAUAGUUACAAUUAAAUUAUAUUCCUAUAUCUAUAUUACCUUGUUUAUCCAAGCUUUAAACGUAACCACUGGUUAAAAUCAAACAUAAACCUAUAUACAUGUAUUGCUUUGUUUAACCAUACAUGGUUUCCUGUAUUUUUACACAUUUAUUUAGGUAAGCCUUAAUUAACUAACACGUUUGAAUACAUUUAUGUACACGACGCUUGCUGGUCACUGGUCAUGGACUGAUGACAAUCGCCAACAUUGGAUGACAGAUAGACGCUAAAAGGGCAUGUUCAAGACUCACGAUGAUUUAUAAUUACUUUAAAUGGAACCAUUCUUUUGUCGAAAGUGCAUGGUGGAGGAUUACAACAUACUGGGGGUCUUACAUUUAACAAAAAAUUCCGGUUUGAAUUUCUGGAACUUUAAUUCCAGUGGUGCAUAGAAUAGCGUUUUUCGAUGACAACCACGCGAGGUGUGGUACCUCAAUUUGACCAAUGUCAUACCAGUUUAAGGAUUUAGCGAUUGAAUGGUUCCCACAUCGGAAACUUAGCAUUUCACGGAUCUCUUAGAACCUUUUCGAGGAAAUUUCCCCACCAUUCGCCCCGUUCCUACUGUUGCGGAAUUUUUGGUCCAAUGUAAAACACCUUGAAUUACUAUUUUAUUGAUUAUUGCGUGCAAAGUCCUUGGCUUCAAAAUUUCAUUAUUGUCUUGCAGGCUCCAUUCUCGGUCAGUCGGUGAUUUAUUUUUUUAGCUGUUUUGCUUCCUGUUUAUUUUUUUUAAAUCUGAUAGAACAGCCUUCAACAGUUUUCUAUUGCUGGUUAUUACACUUAAUCGAACUUUUUUACCAUGCGCAAAGUCGGCCAAAAAUCCGGAAAUUUCAGGUUAGAGACUUCAGGACAGUAGACAAGCUAUUUGAUUGGCUAACGGCGAAGUUGGGGACGGUACGAAAGUUAUAUUUGUUCCGCAAUUAAUAACAACAAUAAUCUGUCUGUAUUUUUAUAAACAAUUAUUGGAUGAGGUUUUUGUGAUAUCCAGA